UGUUACAGCUUUUACCUCAAUAAGUCCCAUUUGGUUCUUGUUUACAUCAUCCAUUUCUCUCAUUGUAUUCCUGUUUUCCUUUCAAUACUUAUACAUAGUUAAACUAGAUGUUAUCCUUGUUUGUAAGUUCUAUCAGCGAUCAUUUCUGAGUGUUUCUAUUGAUAUUUCCUUGCCAUGAGUCACAUUUUCCUGUUUCUUGGCAUUUAUGUAACUUUUUAUUGGAUGGUGGACAUUAUAGAGAUUAUGUUGUUGAGUGUCUGGGUUUUGUUGUUUCACUGUGAAAAGUGUUGGACUUUGUUUUGGGAGGUAGUUAUUUAUAGAACAGUUUCAUCCUUCUGAGGGCUAUUUUUAAGCUUUUCUAGAGCAGGUCCAGGGUAGCUGUGGCUCCAGGGAUACAUCAGUCCAACUACUAAGGGAUGGCCCCUUGAUUCUCUACUAAAUACCCCAGGUGAUCACUGAAGCUUCUCUACUCUGGUUGAUUGGACCCUGAACAUCUCCCUACCUUUGUGUGUCCUAGGAAUUGUUUAGCUUACAGCUUCCUGGUCAUUAUUUUCUUAUUCUUUGGGAGUUUCACUCUAUGCAUGCAUGGCUUGGUAGUCAAGAACGACUCAAAGGGAGCCUUACACAGAUUUUUUGGAACUCUUCUGCAUACCUCCCUCCUUUUUGGACCUCUGCUCUGCAACCUCCAGCUGCUUCAGCUUCCCUGAACGCUGGUCUGUGUUAAUGAUGAAACCACCAAGCUCUGUUUCGGGCCCCCUUCCCUACACUCUCAAUCUGGAAAUUGCCUCCAGGAAGAGAUCUGGGCCAAUGAUCAAACUCACCUCAUUUGUUUCUGUUUUCUCACAAAUCUGAUCCAGUGCUGCCUGCUGUCCGAUAUCUAAAAAGUAUUGUUUCACAUCUGUUUUUUCCAGUUUCCUACUUAUUUAUGGCAGGAGAUUAAAUCUGUUCCUUUUACUCCAUCAUGGCCAAAAGUGGGCGUCUCUGUCUAUCCCUUUUAAUAUAACAUCUUACUUUAUGUAAAAGUCUUUCUGGAGUAUCUGGGUUUUAUACUCCUUGAGCUGGUGUAAAAAUGCUUCCUUUUCGUUUAACUGUGAAACAAUUUGACCUGACAUCAGAACAGAAAUGGUGUUUCUGUGUCUGUGAACUUACUGAGUGGGAGGCUUGUGAUGCAUGCACACCAGUGGUGGGAUCCGACAGAAAAAGUUCACUUGCAUGUGUGGUUCUUUUAUUUCACAACUUACUAUUUGAAGAUCUUUUUUUUUUUUUUGAGGCUUCUUUUUCCAGCAAUUUUGUUCAACUUUUCAUUUUGUUAGCUAUGUUACAGAAAUGUUCUUGCCUGCAGCCAUCUUGUUGUCACCUGGCGAGUUGUUUCAGUGGGGUGGGGAGGGGCUCCUGCUCUUUCUUACCUCUCUUCUCUCCAGUGGCCCAAUCCAGUUUUUUAUGGUCCCUACAAAGUUGAAAAGGCUCUCUCACUUCCUAGUUAUUUAUUCCAAUGUUCUUUUGGGGGAUGCUUCCUUCCUGUGCAGUAUGAGCAUUGAUGUAUUGGAGGCCUACUGCUUGGAGGCCUGUGGCCGACCUGCCUCUGGGAGCCAGUCCCCCUGCCAUUGGCUCUAGGUCUAUGUUUGUCCUCAGUAUGUGCCUGGGCUAACAUUCAUUUGUCCUGUCCAGGUUCUUUCUGGCCUGCCUGUAUCAGUUCUGUGCCAGCCCACUUUCCCCACUGUUUAGGAUCUGUUUUUUCAGGCAUACCCGUGCUCUGGCUUGUCACUCAGCCUCUGUGCAAGGGAAGGCGCUACAAGAUCUAAAACCAGGGAAAGGGAAAUCGCCAGUUUCACCCCAGGGGACCCAGAGGCAGGGCUUCUAGCACUCACAGCUCUUUUCACUUUCCUUAGCUCUGCCUGUCCCCCAGGGUCUUGCCCUUUCCUGAGAUGGAUUCCCAGGAACCCAAGUCCUGGCAGGCCCUCUUGAGAUGCUGGAAGCCCAGGUGAGCUGUGCUUCCCUCUGCCUGGCUUGGGAAUCUGUCACUGCUCCCUGAUUCUGGCCUCAGCCUCUGACUCUUGCCCCAGCACGACACACAACAGGGCCUGAACCCCAGCUGCUGCCUGCCCUUUCUCUCUCUGCUUUUCUCCCCAGAGUCUGCCAAGGAGGGGAUGCCUGCUGGCUUGUAAUUCCCAUUGUAGUGAUGGGGGAGCUGAGUGUCAAUCCAGGAAAGUGAUUGAACUGAGGUCCCUUGGGAGGACAGUGGGAUCCAGGGCCACAGCCCAGGUCUCCUGGCACACGGUCAGGUUCUCUUUCCAGGACUUCUUGAGGCUUGCAGUGAUACAUCCAUGUUAGCAAUGCACACCCACUCUCCAGACUCUCACCUCUUGUCCCUGGGGUUACGGCACUACCCUUGCCUCAUUCUCAAAUGGAUGGAAGGACAGAUUAUCCCUGGGAAUUCUUUCAGGAUUCGGUGACAUUUGGUGAUGUGGCCUAAUACCUCACAAAAAGGGAGUGGUUGAGACUGGACCCUGAGCAGAGGGCGCUGGCAUAUUGAAGCAGGAGUUUCGGUUUUGAACCCUGCAUUGGUCUCUUACCUGAUGUGAGGACACGGGCUGUUGGUGUCAGACCCCUCCCAUAACGUGGAUUGAGCUAAGCCUUCUGGAGAGUGAAAAAGAAAACUGAAGAAAGAAAGCAUCUGGGUGACCCAACAGCAGGCGAUGGGUGAAGACGCCCAGUCACAGGAGAUGGCAUCCACGAGCUCCCUGAGGGCCACUGAGCCCAGCCCUGAGGUCAAACAGAACGGGGACUCAGAGGGGAGGGGAGGGAGCCCCCAGAAUAUGCCUGUAGAACAUCACUUUGCAUGUAAAGAGUGUGGGGAUGCCUUUCGGCUUAAGGUUCUCCUAGUGCAGCACCAGAGAAUUCACAGUGAGGAGAAGGGCUGGGAGUGUGGCGAUUGCGGGAAGGUCUUCAAGGGGGUCUCUGAGUUCAACGAGCACCGGAAGACCCACGUGGCAGCGGAGCCCCGGCCCGGCCCCAGCCGCGCCCUUGACGAUGCGGUGGAGAAGAGGGAGCAAAUGGAGAGGGAGGCGAAGCCCUUUGAGUGUGAAGAAUGUGGGAAAAGGUUUAAGAAGAACGCCGGCCUCAGUCAGCAUCUGCGCGUCCACAGCAGGGAGAAGCCCUAUGACUGUGAGGAAUGUGGGCGGUCCUUCAAAGUGAACACCCACCUCUUCCGACAUCAGAAGCUUCACACGUUGUCGGAAAAGCCCUUUGCCUGCAAGACUUGUAGCAGGGAUUUCCUGGAUCGCCAGGAACUUCUCAAGCACCAGCGAAUGCACACUGGCCACCUACCCUUCGACUGUGAUGACUGUGGCAAGUCCUUCCGAGGGGUCAACGGCCUGGCCGAGCACCAGCGCAUCCACAGCGGGGCCAAGCCCUACGGGUGUCCCCACUGCGGCAAGCUCUUCCGGAGGAGCUCGGAGCUCACCAAGCACCGGCGGAUCCACACGGGCGAGAAGCCAUACGAGUGCGGCCAGUGCGGGAAGGCCUUCCGACAGAGCUCCAGCCUCCUGGAGCACCAGCGCAUCCACACAGGGGAGCGGCCCUAUGCGUGCGGCGACUGCGGCAAGGCCUUCCGGGGGCCCUCCGACCUGAUCAAACACCGGCGGAUCCACAGCGGACUGAAGCCCUACGAGUGCGACAAGUGCGGAAAAGCCUUCCGGAGGAGCUCUGGCCUGAGUCGCCAUCGGAGGACCCACAGCGGAGCGAGGCGCUGCGAGUGCAGCGAGUGCGGCCGCGUGUUCAAGAGGCGCUCGGCGCUGCAGAAGCACCAGCCAACCCACCGCGAGUAGAGGAGGCCGGGUGCCCCACGGCCCGCAGCGGGGUCCUGCCGGGGCUGCGGCCCCCGGGUGUGAAGGUCAGAGUCAAAGGAGAUGAACAGUUUUGUAGCGCUCCUAUAUUUGAUCGUCAGAAAGGUUGAAACCAAUUUCUACUGCCACCAGCAAUUUAUAGGUGUACGUGUUUCCCAUUUUGCCUAUGGACAGUAGCUUCUACCAUUUUGAUUUCUUUGGGCUGGUUCAGCUGGCAUCAAGUACCUCCAAGGUAUUUAAAUCCACAGGCCUUGAAUCUGAGAAUGAGAAAAGAGAAACCUGGAUGUGGGGGUGGAGACAGGGCUCGUUGGUCCCCCCCACCCCAAGCUCCCUGCUCAGGGAAACUGAGAUGUAGAGCUAUUCUGUGAUGGCCUUGAUGUAAUGUGAUCCCAACUUUCCCGAAGACAAGAUCACCCCAAAGGUUUUUGGCCUACUUGAAUUUAUAAAUUUUAGGGUUGUAAAUAGAAUAAUCAAAUGUCUUAUACUAUUUAAUUUAUUAAUUUAGUUAUACAUACAUAUUGUAAAUCACAUAUUAUAUAGAAUAAUAUAUUAAUUUAGAAAAUGUUCCUCUUUGCCCCAGCUCCACGCCCUGAGAUCAUUUUAUUCUAAUUCCUCACAUGUACUUCUAACCCCACCAUUUUCUCCAACCUCAAAGCCCCUUGAGUCAUCAGACAGUCGCAAAGCUUCCAUCCACCCAAGCUGUGUGCCACAUAGUGCUGUGACAAUCCGUGCACAAGGCUCUCACUAGAAAUUGCCUCCCAAGCCAUAAGUACACGUCCACGUAAUAUUAGUGUGAUUGGUGGUGCUUUUCAGUUCGUCCUAGAGGUCUACAGCACAAGCACUUAAAGCUGUUCUGUUUUUAAAGUGACCUUUAAAAGACUUUUUUAAAGCAUCAAAAACUUGUCACGGUGAAGUCAUACUCUUCAGAUUAAGUACUGAAUCUGAGUUAAAUUUCUUUUGUGUCCUUUUGUCUUAAACCAAUUCAGUCUGGUGACUCCCAUGCAGAUCCAAAACUAGCACUGACUGGGGUUGGUUUCAGGCUAAGGGGUCUGGUCCUCAAGCAGCACCAUUUUGUUCAAGAUAAAGUAGUGGAGAGAGCAUCCCCACGAUAACAGGGACACUCAAGGACUCAAGUGUAAGGGGACCAUAACCUUUCCUCCUCUGUAAAACGGGGCGAUCAUAGGACUACCUCCUAAGGUUAUUGUGAGGACUGCGAUGCCACGCCUGGCACGGAGGUACACACUCAGUGAAGGUCCUUUGCCGUCAUCAUCGUAGUUACUGCUGUCGUUCUGUGACUCAGUACCAGAACGUGGGAUGGACCCAGGCCUCCUGACUCCUAGUCUCAUCUUUCUCUCCCGCGAGGACUUAAAAUACUGUUUCCGUUUUCUUGCAUGCAAAUCGUACAUUCAUCUCCUUUGACCAGUUAUCAAGUUACCUUUGGAUAUAUUGACUUCAUACAGCAGUUCUUUCUAUAUCGAUCACGAUGAUCUCUUUUCCAGUUUGAUUGCUUUGCUCUUUGUAGCAGUUUUAUUACAUGUUUGUUCUGCAAGCUUUUGAUUUUUACAUAUCCAAGCAUUCGUUGUUGUCGGUUAAGUCGUAACUUCCAUUGCUUCAGUAGUUAGAGAUGAUGCUAUUUUCUUCUAGAAUUUUAAUUAUAAAUGAAAAGUUGAAAGCCCUGCCCCACCAGAAGAUGGAUGCGCCAGGUGGGCAGGCUGGAUGGAAAUGGGCCAGAGAAGCAGGCUCACUCCUCAUCCAAUAUGCGGACCCUGCAUGUCUGUGGGCAGUACUUGACUAUCUAACCUGGCCACUCAGGCACUCAAGAAGAAUUUCCAUCUCGGAUUGGCCAGAACACUCUGACUGUUCCUUAGUAGAGCCCUAGCCAUCACCAGCAGGGCUGGGCCUCACCUAGAUCUAUGGGGGGUUGAGGGUCCAAACUUGGUCCUGGUAGCAGCUGGCCGACUUUACAGCUCCUGGGAGCCUUGGCUAUGCUCGGCGUGGAUUCAGUGCCUGAGCAGCAGAUCCAGCCAAGAGACAUCUCGGACACGGGAAGACUCACCCAACUGAUGCUGUCACGUGGAUGGCACCUCCUCCUAGCAAGUGACUCUGGAAUUAGAAAGGUCGGUUUGGCAGCUUCCACUUUUGGCAUCUAGGGGGAACUCACCCAUGUGUUCUGACAUCACCUCCUGCAGCCACCCCAGGCCUGGGCUGUGACUUGCCACAGACAUGCCCAGGAAGGCCAUAAAACAAGGGUUUGGAGGGCAAUGAUGCCCUUCUGACGACAGCCCAUGUGGCAUCAAACUAGAAGUUACUCAUCCUGGAGCUGGGCUGGUACCUGCAGCAGGACAGCAGCAUGGGCUAGCCAGGAACCUGGCCCCUCCGGUGGCCUGCAGAGGCUGCAGGUAGAAGCCGGCCACACUGGGGCUAUGGCGUGACUUCCCAGCAAGUGUGCCCAAGCUAGAAGGUGCACCAGACGGCCUGCCGAGGAUGGGCCCCCCAAGGCUGGGAAGCAGGGUGCCACGGUGACCCUUGUGACCUGAGCCAGAAGGUAUUCUGGAAUGGUUCCCAGGCCACAUCAGGGGCUCUCUGCGAUGUCUCCAUCCUGCCCCCCAGGCUGGAGAGAAACCGACAGCACUUGUUACCUAAUGAUUCUUUUUGCUCCGGGGGCUUCAGUUCUUGCAGUAGUUGUGAAUGUGUGUCCAAAAUCACUACUUCCUUCUCUCAUGAGUUUUCUCUUAAAGCUGUUAUGAUGAAUGUGCUACAACUGUCAUUUGGUAAGGAAUGUUGACAUCCACAGGGGGGCAAGUCUGGCACCUUGACCUGGAAGUACUCUGCUAAUUCUGGCCUGGGUUUUAUGAAGGAUCCAGAUGCAGUAUUAUCUCGGAACUUAGCGGCAUCGUCAUCACUGCUCCAUUUGUCCCCAGCCAGGACACAGCAUCUCUCCUUUCCUUUUCUCCAUUCUCAGUUCUGAGAUUUCCUCUCAAACAAACCAUCCUCUAGCAUGAACACAUCUUUUCCGUCACUGUGUUUGCAGGUGAAGUGUGUGCGCUCUACAAACGCAAGCAGUCUGUGGCUUUAACGUGUGUCCUGUAGUUGCGCCGAGUUCAGUUUUUGUCUCUGGUCACUUGCGGGUGGAUUUCCUUGGAUUCUUUAGGUGUACUGCUGCGUCAGAUGCAAAAUGUGAUCAAACUUCCUGUCGUGUGUGCUUGUCUGUGCAUUCGUGUAUCUACCUCAUUUCAUUUUUCUUUCUGAUCACAUUUAUUCCUUUCGCAAGGCAAACAGAGCAGGUGGGUGACAGAAUGCCAGCUCUCAUUAGAAAUAUGUCCUUUUCUUCUACUCUGAGAGAAACCCCUCAUUGCUUUUAUUAAAGCUUUCAAUCCUUGCUGAAAUUUUCAAAAGAAAGUGACGGUUUACUACUUCUGCUGCUUAGUAAGAUGGACCGUGCUGAUUAGUUGGGUCAGACUCACUCUUGCAUUUCCAGAACCAGCCCCAGCCACUGGCGGUGGCAUCUUUCUCGCGUGGCAUUGUGUCCCACGUGCCCGAGGCUUUGGCCCAGUCGUGUGCCAUCUGACCCCUAACCCGCACAGGCCACGUUAAUUCAACCAGAACUGAGCACCUGACUCAUGGGCAGCAACCAGUCGACAGAGCUGGAGACAAUUGGGCCAGGCCUUCCGGGAUCUCCGUCUGUGAAGGGCAAACAAGGAAACAGAGAGAAGUUUCUAGUUGGUGCUGGAAGAAAGAGGGAGCCACCUGGGGUUUAGAGGAGGUGCCCACAUAGGCAGCACUGGCUUGAGGGCCUCCUGGCCCUAUCAUGUUCUGGGAUUUCUGGCGAUUGCCCUCCUUGGUCCACUUGUGUCCCCAGCAUAGACUCCCUUGACUUGAACCAGCUUUAGGGGGUCUGCAUCUUGCCAUUUGGCUGCUUCUUGAGAAGAGUCACAUGGCUGGCUUUCCUCAUGGCCUGUGUGGCCCUCGUGCCUGGCCCAAGUCCCACCUGACUGCCGUAAACACCUGUUUUAAAUGUGGUACUGUAUUCGGUUCACUAACAUGGGUACACAUCUAUGCCUUCUAGUCUCCGUGAGUUUGACCAGUGCUUAUCCGUCUGGGCAUCAUUCCCAGACUGACCCUGUGUUUGCCCUGGGAAAUGAGUUAAGUCACCGCCCACCUUGUUCCUGACGUUGGAAGUAUCCCCCUACUUUUGGCAAAUCUGUCAGAUGGGGGAAUUGGUAACUCCUGUAUGACUAGUCACAUUCUGUAGUUCUUAUUGCAUCUGUUUGGGUGUUUCUCUUCAAAAGUGUAAAGAGUCUCUUUAAACAUGGCCUUCAACUUGCGUAUCUGAGAACAACUGUGUCCUACCCCAGUUUGUAUUUUGGUUGUUGGCGCUCUUUUCUUGUUCCUCCCUGAUCUCCUUAACUUGUCUGUUUUAUGGCACUUAAUAUAAUCGGCCUUGCACUAGAGCUUCACUCUCCCCGGCCUCCCCAACCUGGUAGAUUGUGAGCUCUUAGAAGACAGAGGUGGCCCUUCACGUCUGAUUCCCCUACCAGAUCUAGCACAGUGCCUUGCAUCAAGUAGAUUUCAAUAAAUAUAUGUGAAAUGGCA